AUGAAGUAUAGGAGAAGGAUAAAGUUCAUCUUCAAACUACGAGUAAGUUCCACAUUGCGUUUCGUAGUAAAGCCUCAUAGAUGGAAAUGUAGAGGAAGACCGAAGAAAAUAUGGAUAUAUUGUGUGAGACAGGACAUGAAAGAGAAAGGGAAAGAGAAAGGGGUGAAUAAUGAGAUGACGGAUGUAAUAGGGGAGAAUGGAAGAGGAAGACUUACUGCGACGACCCCAAGUGACUUAGGAAAUGGACAGGAAGAAGAAGAUAUUGAUUUAAAUAAGAAUCAA